AUGCCUUUGUAUCUACACAAAUCCUUAUUUGGAGACAAGAGUCUUACCCCUACCUCUGUGCAGAUAUUUGGAUAUGGAGAAUCCCCUGUAGCAAACCUAGGAGCAUGCACUAUUGCAAUUCAUACUGGUGAUAGACAACAGCCACAGAUGGCGACUAGUCAAGUGACUGAUACUCGAGGGUAUCUCAUCCUAAGCAGAGAAACAGCCCAGCAAGUUGGCUACAUUGCCUUUCCAGAGGUAACCCCACCCUCCUUAACCAGUACACCACAAAUCCAUACAAGUGUUAACACUCUGCAACCAGAUUCCAGUAAGGUUAACAAGCUUACAUGUGAGGUGUUGGAUGAUGCUGUCAUCUUGAAUGGAGACACUGUUUGCCCUUAG